GCACUAACGACUCUAAAACAUGGUCAAGAGCGCACACAUGACACAUCAAUGGAUUUUCUCCUGAAAGUCUUCUAGAUCCACUCCUCUCUUGCUACAAGAACUCGCCAUGGCGGAGGCCAUCUUCUCCGCCGUCAUCGGGGACGCUGUCAGCAGAGUGAUUUCUCUCCUCACCGGAUACUUCAGUCAGCAGCGGAGCUCCGAAGUUAAGCUGCGAAGGAUAUGCGAUAUGCUCAUCAGGAUCCACAGCGUGGUGGAGGAGGCAAAAGGGCGGCAGAUUGAAAACCACGGCACCCUCGAGUGGCUCUCGGAGCUCAUCGACGGCGAGUACCAGGGCCGUUACCUGCUCGACACGAUCGGGUAUGGCGAGCAUGAGCUUGAAGAUGAUGAGCACGGUGAUGACAAGGUAACUGCUCCCCAAGUUUCUUCCUCCUUGUCCUUGUUUAAUCCCGCGAAGCGCAUGAGGGUCGCUGCGUGUGCCGUGAAGAGCGUGCUAAGGUUGCGCCGCGAUCUCGGUCUUGGUGAUAUUGACAGGGUGCUAGAGAGCUUGCAGCGAGUGUCUGGUGAUCUCAGGGAGUUCAUCAUGCUCCUGCAAAGCUGUCGGCCAGUCCGCCGGCCUCUAGCAACAAGCAUCUUUAUAGACGGACAGAUGUUUGGUCGACAUGUUGAGAAAGAGAGGAUCGUCAAUUUCCUUCUGCACGACAGCGGUGUUCACUUGACGGGGGAAUUGGGUGUGCUGCCGAUUGUUGGUGACAUCGGUGUCGGGAAGACGACACUGGUGCAGCACGCUUGUGAUGAUGUUAGGGUGCGCAGCCACUUCCCGGUGAUCGUGUUGUACAAUUUCUCGUGUACAUACGCUGUCGCAACGAACGGAGGGACGGCUGUUCUGUGGUCAAAGCAUGUCAUCGGAGAUGCUGGAAAUUUGAAAGACCCACUGCAACUAGUCAGGGGCAAUUUUCACAACAAGAAGUUCUUGAUGGUGUUUGAGGAUGUCGACAUGCAUAAGAAGCAGAUGUUGGAAGAGCUAUUGCCAAUCCUUAGAUGUGGCAAAAAGGGGAGCAAGAUCAUUUUCACAACAAACAACAGGCGUAUCGCCAGCUUGGGAACCGUGGAGCCGAUCAUACUGAAGGUCUUGCCCUGCCCCGAGUACUGGUUCUUCUUCAAGGCACACGCAUUCGCAGGCAGAGACAUCGAGGAGAACCAAAGGCUUGUAGCAGUAGGCAAAGCUGUUGCGAGGAAGCUUAACGGGUCAUUCUUUGGUGCGAAGAUCGUCGGAGGAUUGCUCAGGGAUCAUCCAAAUCCCAAGUUUUGGAGUAAAGUCCAGAGGAGCAACAUUGGGGGCCUCUCUCUGCUUGGUGAUGGCCUUGGUUACAUUGCAGAUCUGUCUGAGAAUCUACUGCCGACUCAUGUGGUCAUGGCCUUGGUGACCAUUUCUAAGGUUCCCUGGGCCUCUCAGACGGCAUUGGCCAGGUUCCAGGAUCUGUGUGAGCCUCAUGGCACUAGGGCCACCUGUUUGGCAGACGAUGUCCUCUUUGCAAGAGUAUUGUUGUGCAAGUCAGUGAUGCCGUUCUAUAAUUGUUACUACAUUGCUUCUUGCACUAUAGGUUCUAUAGGUUCAUCAAACAGUUGUUCAGAGCUCACUGCAGUUUAGUUUGAUAUCUCGUGGGAUCAUCUCUAGUUAGUGUUAUGGGAAAUUAAGGCCUUUAUGUAAUCGACAGGUGUUUCCUUCUGUACAAAAGAGCUCUCAAAGUAAUGCUUUUGUCUGUGUU